AUGAGAAGUCGUGAGGAGACCUGCUGGCUCAAGCUUCGUCAAAGAGGUGACAGCUUCGUCGGCUUCCCUUCGUGUCGGCUUUCCGAUAUACUUGACCGCAACCGCGGGCAUCCAAGCCUGUUUUGCUGCAUUGGCUCGUCUGGUAAGGAUGAGGCCAUGCGCUGGCUUACCACAGUACGAUCAGGCAGACGAGACUUUGGAGAUAUCCAUCUGCAACUAGACAAGGGGGCCAGGAGCAUCCACACCGAGCGCCCGUUGCUCUUUGCUGACAUCACCACAUAUGAGAAUGCGUCCCUGCCUCUUUCAGACGCCGUUGGCGACUUUGUCGAGUGGCCCCUUGAGGGCUGUUCGUUGGUCCCGGUGACGGCCUACUCCGUCGUGCUGGGCGCGCUAACGGACGUCCUUUGUGUUUUCCUGUCUGAUACGGAGGGCAUGCGAGAUCUGGUCAACAUUGUUUCGUCGUGGACCAAGAACCCACUCAGCCUUCCCUUGCCUCUUCCUCGCCUUGUCGUCGUCGUCGAACGCGCUGCGCCUGGCGACUGUUCAGUAUCGCAAUCGGAAAGAGAGGUGGCGGGCGAGAUCCGAAACAUCUUGGGUCAGGCCCUUCCAGCCAAGUUCUCCGCUCUCAGCGUCCACUUCCUUUGUCAAGACAAAGACCUCGCGAGCGAACACCGGUACCGACGUCUACGUGAUCUCUUAGUUGCCGAGUCGGACCGAGUGCGUGAGAAGCGGGUUCAGAGCCAUGCACUCUUCCAAAGUCGCCAUUUCACUACCUUGGCAGGAACCGCGUACAAGUCUUUCCGUGAUAACCUCCCGGUCGAUCUCGUACAAGCGUCCCGCGUCCGCAUGCCUAUACCCCACAAGAUGCAACACCACAUACAGCGUUUCCUGCACCGCUUUGGCGGUGAUGAAGCCUCCCUUCGGACUUUCGCGCUCCCCUACCUAUGCUCCGCCAUGAUGCUUGACGCCUUCCCGCCCGGGAUGCAUAAUUUCGCGCCGGAACAGGUAUACCGUUCUUUGUAUAAGCCCAUCGUAGUCAGGGCGCUGCACGCUCUUCGUCUCCCCAGAACGCAUGAGGCCCUUGUAGAGAGAAUAGUUCGGAGACUCCACCCUCGCACAGGCUCACAGAGCAGAAGGUAUCACCGUAAGUGCAUGUUGGCCUACGCCAGACGCUGGAGGAACAUCUUUAGCGACCGGGACUGCCUUGUCUGCCUCGCACGAGCGCCCGAGUAUCCUCUCUCCUGCGGCCAUGCCAUCUGCGCCGUUGACGUUAGGCGUAUGACGGAGUGCGGAUUACUCCCGAUCAACGCCUGUCCCCUCUGCGCGAGGCCGGUCAGGGAGUUCAAGUACAAGGGAAGGCCGAAGACGAAAGGCGUCAACGUUCUGAGCAUCGAUGGAGGGGGUAUCCGCGGGAUCAUUCCCCUACAGAUACUGCGACUCGUCGAGCAGAAGCUGUCAUCGUAUCUACCCGACUACCCGGUGCAGAAUCAUUUUGACCUCGCGGUGGGCACAAGCUCCGGUGGCCUCAUCGUCCUCGGGGCUUUCUUGAAAGGUCUUUCUAUGAUGGAUUGUAUGAAGAUGCUUCGGACUCUCUCUACUAAGGUCUUUCGCUGCCGCCUACCUUGGGUCCGCGGGUUCCAGGGGCCGAUGCUCCGCCUCGCCAUGGUCUACCUCUUUGGCUCCAUCUAUCCGUCCCGUACCAUGGAUACAUUCCUACACUCGAUAUUCGGCGACAACACACUUUUCGGACACCACGACGCCCCCGUGCGUGGGGCCAAGGUCGCCGUGACCGCAACAGGCGUGCCAAAGGGGGGAUUCGUCCUCACGAAUUACAACGGAGCCGGAUCGGACGACAAACGACAUGGCUACAAGCAUGUUCGCACCACGAGGCCGGCUGACCGUCUGAAGAUUACCGAUGCCGCGAGGGCGACUACGGCCGCUCCUGGGUUCUUCUUGCCGCAUACCUUGCUGGGCAUCGGAGAAGUUCAGGACGGCGCACUCUGCGGGCUGAACAAUCCGGAGCAGCUUGCCGAACGCGAGAGCCGGUCACUGUGGCCCGGGAGCGGGAGGCCCGACGUACUCGUGUCGGCCGGCACCGGCUAUGUGGACCCGCAGCCAAAAUCGCCUCUCUCUCCAACGGGGUGGAAGCCGCCCCGUCGAGGCUUCAGCGUAACGAAGGCUCUAAUCGGCUAUGUAUCAAGCCUUGCCCACGUCAUAGGGUCCUUUCUCGACGGCGAGGUUGCUCAUACUAUGCGGGCGGACGAGCCCACAUCACUGAAGCGACCCCACAAGUACUUCCGUUGCAACGUCAAGUUUGAUGACCACGUGCCAGCUCUGGACGAUGUGACGGCCAUCGACAGGCUACGAGAGAGGACGGAAUCCGCUUUCCGCGAGAGUCACCAGAUAGGCGAGAUAUCCGCCGCCCUGCUGUCCACUAUGUUUUACUUCGAGCUGAUAGCGCGGCCUGUUAGAAACCGCAGUAGCGUUAGCUGCGUCGGGCGGAUCGUGUGCCAUCUAGAUGCGGGCGAGGGACUUGACCACCUUAUCACCUCCCUCAGGACUGCAAAAGCCGAGUUCUUUAUUGCUGAUCUUGCGGUUCCCGUUGGGCAGCACCGGCUUGACCAUAGACGCUUCCGUUUCGAGCAGUCCGUCCACGUCGAGGUGCAGAAUCUGGACGCGCAGUUCCCUAUCUCCUUACGAACCGGCGGGCUCAGCCACGACCGCACGCCAGUUCCUAUUAGUGCCUCACCGUUCACCUUACGAGGGCUUACGGACGCCCAGGGCUGGAAUAAUCAUUUUGGCUGCGACGACUUUGGCCCGACUAGUCCAGCGCAGAUUCGUAAACGAAGACUCCCAAUGGCCAUAGCCGGUGCAUGGAAGAAGAGUCGACUCUCAGGCGUAAUCUAG